CAGCUGCCUGCACUGCAGCAGAUCUUAUCUCCUUUUUUGAGAUACCUCUUCUUUUUCUUCCAGGAGAAGCGGCAAUGGAAAGGGAAAGUGAAAGGGAAAAUGGUUCCGAUUGUUCAGUCGUUCAACUGGAGGGGAGCCCCGUCCAUGGAGGAAAGUUUGUCCAGUACAACGUCCUCGGCAGCCUCUUCGAGAUCCCCUCCAAGUACAUCCCUCCUAUCGCUCCCCUUGGCCGAGGCGCUUAUGGUCUAGUUUGUUCGGCGACGGAUGCGGACACGAAAGAGGAGGUGGCGAUUAAGAGAAUUGCGAAUGCCUUUGAUAACCGGAUAGAUGCUAAAAGGACACUGAGAGAAAUCAAGCUUCUCACUCACAUGGAUCACGAAAAUGUUAUUAAAAUUCUGGAUGUGAUAAAGCCACCAGAUAAAGCGGACUUCAAUGAUGUGUACAUUGCAUAUGAAUUAAUGGAAACUGAUUUGCACCAGAUAAUAAGCUCGCCCCAGGAACUUACCGAGGACCAUUGCCAAUAUUUCCUUUAUCAGAUAUUGCGGGGACUAAAAUAUAUACAUUCCGCUGAUGUUCUGCACCGAGACCUUAAGCCCAGCAAUUUGCUCCUAAAUGCUAACUGUGACUUGAAAAUUUGUGAUUUUGGACUUGCAAGAACUGCCUCCGAUACUGAUUUUAUGACUGAAUAUGUUGUCACCCGAUGGUAUCGAGCUCCUGAAUUAUUGCUCAAUUGCUCAGAAUAUACUGCAGCAAUUGAUGUCUGGUCAGUUGGUUGUAUAUUAAUGGAGAUUAUUAAAAGGGAGCCUCUUUUCCCCGGCAAGGACUACGUACAACAGUUGGAGCUAAUAAAUGAGCUAUUGGGACACCCUGAAGAUUCUGAUCUGGGAUUUUUAAAAAAUGACGACAAUGUUCGAGGAUAUGUCAAGCAGCACCUACCUCAGGUACCCAAGCAGCCCUUUUCCCAAAAGUUCCCGGAGGCAUCUCCUCUUGCAAUUGAUCUUGCAGAAAAGAUGCUUGUUUUCGAUCCGGCUAAGCGUAUUACAGUGGAGGAAGCACUGAAUCAUCCAUUUUUAUCGAGCCUCCACGAGAUCAACGAGGAGCCGACUUGUCCAUCACCAUUUGUUUUUGAUUUCGAGCAAUCUGAUUUGAGUGAAGACGACAUAAAGGAACUAAUAUGGAGGGAGUCUCUCAAGUUCAUUCCUGAAUAGAAGAACAAGAUUGCAGGAGGCAGGUAAGCAUCCUCAAUUUUUCUCCUUGUUGUGAUUUGUUAUGUUAGUAAAUAAUAAUAAUAAUAAUACUCCAUGAUUUGUUGUUGCUGCUAUCUUGUGAUACAUAAUAUUCUAUACUAUACAUAAUAUACAUUUUGAUAUUGUAUGGCAUUGCUGUGUUUGGUGAGAAACAUUAUUAUAUAUAACGAGAGAAAAGAGUGAGUAUUAUAAACUAGGGUAGUUUAAUGUGAUUAAGGAACUUCCCAUGUCUGUUUGUGAUCUGUUGCUUCUUCAUCAGGUCAGGUGACACUUUGCUUGAUGAUGAUAAUCUCA